ACACAAUGUAACAAACUGAGAAAAAGAAAAAUAAAAAAGAUUUAUAUGACAGAUUACAAAUGUAUAUCAAACACUUUAAUUUGGUUGUCCAAGUCAAGACAGUUAUUUCCAAACAAACUUGGAAAAAAUUUCCAAUCAAAGAAUAGGGCCCAACUGCAUGUACCAACCCAUUACUAAAACAGCUAUACAAACCAUGUCAUAAGGUGAGAAAUAAUGCAAGAACAAGCAGCCAUAACGUACCAUAAUAGCCAAGCAAAAAUGAGGCCUUUCUCUUCUUCAUUGUUCCCAUGCUCUUUCUUACCUUCUCGAUUACAUCCUAUAGCGCGAUGGCCCAGAACUUAAUCAACCAAACUUGCAAAACUUUCGGACAAAAUGAUCCAAACAUCAACUACAAUUUCUGCACAACUUCCCUUCAGGCAGAUCCAGCCAGCCAAAAUGCCACUUUACAAGAACUAGGGAUGAUUUCAAUCAGAUUAAUACACAGCAACGUGACAGAUACACUGAUUUAUAUCGAGAAUUUGAUCGAGAACAAUAAAUGGGAUUCAUAUACAAAGCAGUGUUUGAGUGAUUGCUUUGAACUUUUCUCAGAUGCAAUCUCCUCUGCUAAACAGGCCAUGAAAUAUUACUACGAAAGACACUACGGUGAUGCUAAUGUACAGUUAAGCGCGAUCCUAAAUGAUGCUACGACGUGUGAGGAUGGAUUUAAGGAGAAAAAAGGAGUGGUUUCUCCAUUGACAAAGAGAAAUUGCGAUACUUUUCAGCUCUCUGCAAUAGCACUCUCUGCUGUGAAUAUGCUUCAGACAGGAUCAAACUGAUCCACGAACUAAUCUUAUUUCAUUUUAGGGGUUUAAUGUACAAUUAUUCUGCACAUGAAAGUUUAUAUAUCUGUAGUAUACGACUGUGAGGUUUAUCUGGUGCUGCUAAAGUUAUAAGAUUUUUUGCUGAAUUCGAAACAUUCUUAAGCUGGAAAUUGUGAAUGUGUAACCCAUGCAAGUGUUUGCAACAGUUCUGUAUAAUUUUUGAGAAGCAAUUUCAAUGGGAGAAUUACUUCUGCUUUUGUCUUAAUACUCUUUUUAAACUAAUUAAACAAUCAUAAGAUUUACAUUUUUAGGUGGGACAUUUUUUUUUCCCAAUUCUAAUGAACUAAAUUCGUUUCUCAAUUUUGAGGAGUUUAUAUAUGCUCAACAAAACAAUUACACAAACAUAGCAGAUGAUAGUGUUGAAGAUAUGAAAAGAUUGUAAAGAAUAAUCUCUAUGAUACUUUUUCAGUUGUGUAGAAUUAUUUCUCUUAAUAGUUGAUUGUGUGAUUAUUACACAAUCUUUCCUUUUAGAGUUAUUUAUAUCCCUAUAAAUAGGAUUUUCCACUUUGUAAUAUACAGAAGUUUAUUAUAUAAAAUUUAUAAUAUUCUAACAUGGUAUCGUUGCGAGUUUAACUUCAUUUUGAGUUAAACAUAUCUGAUUUUGUUCUCCAAAUAUCCACAUUUAGUCAAAUUAUUUUUCUUUAUUGUGUCCAACCAAAUCUUUUUUUGUUCUUGAGUUAAUCUGAAUUUGGGUUUCAGGUUGAUUCAAAUCCUAUUAGAUGUUGGCUAAACUUGUUGCUUCCUUCUUGGAAAGUUGAUUUUCAAGAAAAUCGAGAAUUAUUAUGUUAUUUUUUCGUCAAAUUUAUUCCCAUCAUAUAUGUUGUUUUAGCCUCCUUGCGUGUCAGGGUUCUUGUUUCAUCAAUAUUUCCUUCAUCUAUAAGUGUCGUGCUAAUACUAUCCAUUGAUUUUCGGAGUGCUACUAUUAAACAUGGUCUAUCUUUGCCUAUCUAGCUAUUAAAACCAUUUGAGGUUCCUAUUUUGACCUUGUUCAUUAUACUUGUAGGUUUCAUUCUUAUCAACUUUAAGUUCUUUGUUUGGCUUGGUUGACAUACAAGCAAUUUUGAAGUAUUAUUAGAUUUUUGGAAGAGGAACAUUUGAUUGGAUUGAUUUAAUUUUCAAACCUAAUUUGAUUGCCACUAUACUAUAUUG